AGUGCUGUUGGGUGCGCCAUUUUUGCUGGCUUACAUGGGGAGCGGAGUUGGGAAAGCCGUGUUUAAAAAUAAAAACCACACCAGUUUCCAGACAUGAAGCACUUCGAGGAUAACAAGUAAACCAGAGCGGUAGGAAAACAUUUGUUUGCUCCAGUGAAAAGUGUUAAAUUUGCCUUCUUUUUGCUUGCCAAUUUCCCCGUUGAGAGGUUGUCGGUCAAACUAGAGUCCAAUGGAUCCCAGGACUGCUUGGAUCCAACCGGAGCAGAAGGGACCUGCCAAUUCCCUAUGGAUGCACAUUUGGGAAACGUCUCAGGGAUUCGCUACAAAUUCCGCUAUCGAUAACCACAUACAGUACCAACCCAGCCAUGUAACAUUAAACGUUAUCCCAAUGGACUCUAACAGCGAGUGUUGUAAAAGUGUAGAGCCGCCGCUCGGUGCUGUGUUCGGGAAACUGUCGAAGCGAGACGGCGGUAGCGGAGAGAGGGGGAGCGCCCGGAGGAAGGGUUCCUUGUCACCGUCGUCCUCCUCUCUGGAUUCGGAGGCCGAGAGCUCGUCUCCCUCCGGCUCCUCUCUCCAAAUAGACAAUUUAAACGUCGCCGAAGAGGCCAGCAGGUUUUUACACUACGGCGAACACGAGCUGAACGACAACGUGAGGCAGCAACACCCCCCUCCGCCUCUCCACGCUGCUCCCCAACAUUGUCGCAGCACGCAACAAUCUGGCGGCCACACCCCCGCCAGGAUGAAGAACCAGCACGUGAACAAGCAGCACCAUCAUCAGUCAUCCGGCCGCAGGAGGUAUCUGAACCGUGCUAACACUUUCCACGGCGUCAACCCGCUGCUGGCCCACGGAUGCAGUGGACACCACGCAGACUCCUCCUGCAGCCUGUGGAAGACCAGGCGCUACAGCCCAGGUGUCAAUGGUCUCCAUGAAGAGAUAGUGGACUUUUUCAACUUCAUGUCACCGCGUCCCGAGGAGGAGGCCAUGAGAAGAGAUGUUGUGAAACGGAUCGGGAGCGUCAUCAAGGAACUGUGGCCCACAGCUCGGGUGGAGAUAUUUGGCAGCUUCAGUACAGGACUCUAUCUUCCAACCAGUGACAUUGACCUGGUGGUGUUUGGAAAGUGGGACCACCCACCAUUACAGGAACUGGAACAAGCACUGAAGAGACACAACGUGUCAGGCCCGUAUCCCAUCAAAGUCCUUGACAAAGCUACUGUGCCCAUUAUCAAGCUGACUGACCAUGAAACCGAGGUCAAAGUUGACAUCAGCUUCAAUGUGGAGACUGCUGUCAAAGCAGCACAGUUCAUUAAGAGCUACCUUAAGAAAUACACUGUUCUGCCACCACUGAUCUUCGUUCUGAAGCAAUUCCUACUCCAGAGGGACCUGAAUGAAGUCUUUACUGGAGGCAUCAGUUCCUACAGUCUCAUAUUGAUGGCCAUCAGUUUCCUGCAGUUGCAUCCUCGCAUUGACACGCGGCGCACUAACAUCAACUUGGGCAUCCUGCUGAUUGAGUUCUUUGAGCUGUACGGUCGCGAUUUCAACUACAUGAAGACGGGCAUCCGAGUGACCAGUGGGGCGUACCUGUCUAAGGAGGAGAUGCUCAAAGCCAUGGGGAACGGAAACCGCCCAUCCAUGCUCUGUAUUGAAGACCCAAUUCAGCCAGGUAACGAUGUGGGCCGAAGUUCAUAUGGUGUCUUGAAAGUCAAGCAGGUGUUUGACUUUGCUUACAUGGUGCUCAGUCAUGGUGUGUCUCCUCUUGCCCGGGCAUACCCCAACAAAGAGUACGAAAGUACUUUGGGACGUAUUAUCAAGGUUUUCCCAGAGGUGCUGGCCUACAGAGACUGGACCAUUAAGAAGUGGGGAGCUAAGCAGUAUGCCAACCGUGAAAAUCAUGAUGUAGAGACCUUUGAGCAGGACUUUGCCAAGCUGAUGCUAGUUUCAGUGGAGGAUCAGCGAGACACGUCCUCCCCCCUCAGCGCAGACUCCCCCUCGCCAUCUCCAGUCUUCCUCAACAGCCCACAGCACCCUUCAUCACCAUCAUCAUCAUCAUCAUCAUCCCCUUGCUCCAACUCUUCCUCCUCUGGAAGUGACAUUGAGUCUGACCCUCCUCUAAGCAUUAACGAUGCAAUCCAUCUUCACUCCCUCAACCUGGCCUCAGUCCAUUCAUUAAUGCACAUGGCUACACAUCCAACAGCCUUCAUCCACACUGUACCUCAGUUCUACCAUGAAAAUCCGCCAUCUAUCAGCAUGGUGCACCGGAACUUGACACAAGCUGCUGUCUCCCAGCACUCAAACUCCACAAGCCCCAUACUCAGCCCCCUCCACCAACUCCACCGCCCCCGGGUGGGAGGGCAGCACCAGCACAUGUACACUGUGCGACCUGACUCCCAAGGCCCCUUUGAGCCUCACAAAUUUGGCUUCAAGCACAACCAAGGCAAUAGCCCUCGUGGUCAAAGUCAAUCUCAAGGUUGCUUCAGUCCCCAGCGGCGAUUAGUUCCUCAGGGCCACAAUACAGCGCCAGGCUUGAGGAACCAGCAGCAAUAUAACCGUACCACCUGGCGACGCAGGAAGAGGGAAAAUCUCCCAGCUCUGAAUCAGAGCAGAUGAAGGACUGACACUGUACCGCUCAACACAUUCUACUGCUUUUUUUUUUUUUUUUUUUUUUUUUUUUUUUUUUUUUUUUAGACUUUUCUCUGGCUAUCACAAACUGUCUUGGAACACAAGUUCACUCUGGAAGACCAUUCAAAUUGUCUCCAAUUGUUUGAAGUGACCAGUGCUCAAUCUGUGCUUCUCUACUACAAGCACAAGGCAAUGUUACAAGCCUCUUGCAGGGGAAGGACAACUGUCUUUUAUGUCUAAACUGUGCUUCUACAGCCAUCUGAGUUUGGCCCUCAGAAACACUCCCACAUAUUAAGCACACCAGCACUAUAUUUGAGGAGUUGCCAACCGAGAUGGGGGUCUUUACCAGGGCCACUCCCAUAAAUCCUCUCCAAAAGCAAAGUCACGUGCCAGUACUGAAUGGGUUCAUCAAGUCUUGCCCUUGGUCCUUUGCAAUGUUUUAACUCCUAUUCGGCCUUUUGGAUCUGUUUUUUUUUUUUUUUUUCCCCCCCCUGACUAAUUUGUUACUCUGAAUGCAUCAUUCCUUUCGCCAUGCUCUUACAGCUUGGACUCCAGUCUUUUCGACUGAAGUGACGCACUACCUUUCUAGCUAUGCAGCACAACGCUGACUCAAUGUUUUUGGUGUGAUGGCACAAAAACAGACCUUGUCUCAAGUGCUUAAACUGUGAUGACUUGUUUGAAUGUACCGAGCGAUUAUUUUUGUGUGUUGAAGUUUCUUUUGUUUGCUCGUGUUUGUCACUGAGGGAUGUUUUUUUCCAUUCACAUUGGCACUUUAUUUUUGUUGCAUUCAAGUGCAAUAAUAGGUUGCUUUUAUUUAAUUUAUUUCACAUUUUUGUUUUUUUGUUUUAGCAUUUUGUCCCCCACACCCACUUUUUUCCCCCCUACCCAAGUCCUAUUGACCUGUGCAAUAUAAGGAUUUUUUUAAGGGCCUUGAAGGAAUGUUCCACUUUCCAACUGAGGGGGAGCUAUGUAGCAACAUGAGAAAAGUGCCAAAAAAUCUUACUGUUUAAUUUACAGUCACAUUAUGAUCACUUGGAAUUUCGCCAACCGUUAUUUAUUGCCACCUCUAGUUCUCAUUUUUAAUCCUAUUCAGUUUGAGUUUUAUUUGGUUGUCAUACGGUGGAAAGAUGACUUUUUAGCAUCCUUUCCUAUUGUCAUCUCAGACAUAUUUGGUGCUACUUUAUAACCAGCAAAGUGCUUAUGUUCUGCCUUAUAUCUGCUUUAAUUGUGUGAAAGCAAAAGGUCCACUGCCUUCUUGAAUGACCAAAUUGUCCCAUACACAGCCUGAAUCUUUCAUAUGUAGUUUGUUGUUGUCAUGAGCACCAUGACAAGUCAGUAUACAUGGUAUUUGUCCCAUCACUUUUUUUUUUCCUCCCCCUUUCACACAACCCUGCAUCACUUAAAGGAAUCCAUGAUGGCAAGGUUUAUGUGAUGUACUUGUCCAAUGUUGCAGGUGUAAAAUGGAGCCUUUAACAAAACAAACAUUUGUAAGGUUGUUUCAGCAUUGAGUCCAUCCAAACUGAUGAAUCGGACUUGAUACUGAAAAUUUUUGUGGUCAAUGCAGCUUGUUGUUAAGCUCUUCAAGAUCAUCAGAGUGGUUACAUCUUUAGACACCAAACCAAAUCUCCAGCUCAUAUCUAUGUAAUUAAGGAUGUGUAAAUGACUGACCUAUAGAUAUAUCCUCCUUUUUUUUUAAGUCUUAAGUUUUUCUAUUUUUUUAAUAAACAUUUUAAAUGCCACUUUAUUGUAAUGUGAGUUGCAUUUUUUCUGCAUAUUGUGGCCUCACAAGAAUGGGGGGGGGAGUACAAAGGCAAUAUUUGUUUCCUUUUUAACUAUCAAAAUGUACGUAGUUGCCAGUAAGCUGCUGAGAAUGGGAGACAGAUGUUAGACAGUGAUGUACGCUGAGGUUCACGGCUGGUGAGGCAUUGAGUCCAAACUUUGAAAGUUAAGAAUCUACUUUUCAAAUCCUUAUUCACAUUUGUUUGUUUUUUUUAACUGAAAAACAUUUGUGGCCUUACCUCUUGUACUGAAGUGCAUGCACCAUAUCCUUCCCCAGGAAAAGCGCUGAUACUUUGAAAAAUCUGAUCACCUUUUGGUUUUGCAUUCAUUCAUUUAUUCAGCAGACCACAAAAUAUCUUUAAUGCAUUUGACUUGCUGCUCUCCAGGAAUUGUUGCUGUGCACCAAACACAUUUUUCUGCAUCCAAAACAUGUGCUUUUGACUAAACUUCAACAAAACAUGCACGCAUCUUUUACAUAAACAGCACAGUCCAAAUAAUAUAACUAAAAUGUAAGCGGGAAGGAAGGAUAUGCAAAUGAGCUGAUAUCUGCCUUGACACACAAUGUGAACUUUUUUUGUAGUUGAGUAUUUUCGUGUUAUUUCUUAGUUUUUUCGUCAACAAUACAAUAUUGAAAGUGACACUGAUUCAAAACCAGAAAUAUGGCAUAGUGUCCAUGAUGCGUGUUUCCACCCAGCUUUCUAGUGAUCUAUUUUUUCGAAUCACUACAGUAUGAGGAACUAUUGUUUUAUAUCAUGUUUCCGUGUACGGUGAGGAGUGUUAUUGUUGUGCUAACAGUAACUAACAAUGCUUUGAAGAACACAGUGUUGAAUUUCGCACGGUCUUUGAGGCAGGGUCCAUGCACUAACUCCAUGUUACGUAAAAGAAAAUGCUAAAUGUGUACAUAAAACUAACAGCACACAUGUAUAAAUAUACUAAAAUGAGUACUGUAUUUAGUAAUUGUGGAAUAAAACAAAGCCGCUUGUCCCCAGUAAAAAGAGUAACUCACUAUACACAAUUAUCACAACAAUUUGUCAGCAACAAAUGUGUCAUAAUUUAUAUAUUGGCUGAAUGCCUCAAAAUGACAGCACUUUUGCUUUACUGAAAGUAUGUCCUGUAAUACCGGUGGUACACAGAAGGGAGCACUGCUAGAUCAUUGUUUUGCUUUGCUGCCUGUAAAUCAUUUUAAGCUGUCAGCACAGUGGAAGUCAACUCAAAUGGAAGAGACUGCACGCCAAUAAAAUCAUAAAUC